AUGUGGUAAAAAAUAUAUAACAUAAAACUUACCAGCUUAACCAUUUUCAGGGCACAGUUCAGUGGCGUUAAGUACGCUCUCUUUGUUGUGCAACCAUCACCACUAUCCAUCCCCAGAACUCUUUUUAAAUCUUCCCAAAGAGAAACUCUGUACCCAUCAAUCAACUCCCUUUUCCCUCUCUCUUCACCCCUGGCAACCACCAUCCUGCUUUCUCUUUAUAUGAGUUUGACUGUCCUAGAUGCCUCUCAUAAGUGAAAUUAUCCAGGUCUGUCUUUUUGUGACUAGCAGGUUUCACUUAGCAAAAUGUUCUCCAGGUCCAUCCAUGUUGUAACACGUGUUAGAAUUUCCUUUCUUUCUGAGGCUGAAGACUAUUCCAUUGUGUGGACCUACCACAUUGCAUGUAUCUGUUUAUCCACUGAUGGACACUUGAUGGAUCCAUCUGGGUGCAGAAAGAAGAAAUCAAAACUUCUAUGGACCUUUUUAAAGAGAAGUUGGUGUUUCUAACAUGGCUCAGCUUAUGGCAUUUGCUGGCCUGAUGGCUUUUUGAGUGAGCUGGAUGAAGCCAAGGGUCACAGAAAGCAACUUUCUUUCUUUCUAACCACCAUCCUGCACGUCUGCUCUGUGAGGCGUCUUUUCCUGGCUAACAGCUUCCAGAAUGCUAUGGAAAAUAAUGCAACUGUGAACAUGGAGCUCUGUUCCAGUCCUUGCUUUCACUUCUUUUGUGUAGAUGCACAGCAGUGGAAUUGCUGGAUCAGGGGUAAUGCUGUUUGCUUUACUAUUUCAAAUGUACCUUUAUGCAUAUUGUGAUACAAUUUGGUCUUUACAACAGUCCUGUGAGAUAAGUAGGCAUUUAUCUCUGGUUCGGAAAACUCAUUUCUUCAAAGCUAAAUGAUAAAUGGAAGAGGAUCCUGACCUUAAACUUGGCUUUUUUAUUGCCUGUUCACCUUGAAGAGUGGUUCCAAUCACAAGUGUUACCUUCCAAAGACGAUGUCUUUCUGAUUGUAACCAGCUUGGUCUGCUGCCAGGCUUCUGCCCUUCCCUGCCCUGAGCCUUCUGUCCAAGUCUGUCCAGUUCAGAGUCUGUCAUCUGAACCAUGAGGAUCUGGUGGCUUCUGCUUGCCAUUGGAAUCUGCACAGGGGGCAUAAACUCACAGGACACGUGCAGGCAAGGGCACCCUGGCAUCCCUGGGAACCCCGGUCACAAUGGUCUGCCUGGAAGAGAUGGACGAGACGGAGCAAAGGGUGACAAAGGGGAUGCAGGAGAACCGGGACAUCCCGGCAGCCCGGGGAAGGAUGGGACGAGUGGAGAGAAGGGAGAACGAGGAGCAGAUGGAAAAGUUGAAGCAAAAGGCGUCAAAGGUGAUCAAGGCUCAAGAGGAUCACCAGGAAAACAUGGGCCCAAGGGGCUUGCAGGCCCCAUGGGAGAGAAGGGCCUCCGAGGAGAGACAGGGCCUCAGGGGCAGAAGGGGAAUAAGGGUGACGUGGGUCCCACUGGUCCUGAGGGGCCAAGGGGCAACACGGGGCCUUUGGGCCCAACUGGUUUACCGGGCCCCAUGGGCCCUAUUGGAAAGCCUGGACCCAAGGGAGAGGCUGGACCCAUGGGGCCCCAGGGUGAGCCAGGAGUCCGGGGAAUAAGAGGCUGGAAAGGGGACCGAGGAGAGAAAGGGAAAAUCGGUGAGACUCUAGUCUUGCCAAAAAGCGCUUUCACUGUGGGGCUCACUGUGCUGAGCAAGUUUCCUUCUUCAGGUGUGCCCAUUAAAUUUGAUAAGAUCCUGUUUAAUGAAUUCAAUCAUUAUGACAUAGCAACGGGGAAGUUCACCUGCCACAUUGCCGGGGUCUAUUACUUCACCUACCACAUCACCGUUUUCUCCAGGAACGUUCAGGUGUCUUUGGUCAAAAAUGGAAUAAAAAUACUGCACACCAAAGACGCUUACAUGAGCUCCGAGGACCAGGCCUCGGGUGGCAUUGUCCUGCAGCUGAAGCUCGGGGAUGAGGUGUGGCUGCAGGUGACAGGAGGAGAGAGGUUCAAUGGCCUGUUCGCCGAUGAGGACGAUGACACAACUUUCACAGGGUUCCUCCUGUUUAGCAGCCCGUAACAGAGAAGAGUUUAUAAAUCCGCCACACCAUCCAUCAGAAUCAGCUUGGUGACAAACUUAUUCUGAUGAUUUUACUUUAUUAAUUCCUCCAAUUAUUACAAUCAUUAUAAACGGAAAAGUUAUUCCUAAAAUUGACUCUGUGUAACUUACGAUCUUUCCAGGAGUAAAUGUUUGAAAUAA